GAAUUUAUCGUUGAGGAUUGGUGGGUGCGAAGCGGCUAAGGAGUCUACCCACGCAUCACAUCCAACUUCCAAACUACCCAUACGAUACGAAUUUUAUUUUUCUUCCCUACCUCUCUAAGAAACAACGCGGAGAAGAUGAAUGAUUCCCCAGAAUAUUCAAUCCGGAUGAUGCUGUCAAAAAUUGAAUCUGGUAAAAAUCAUGGUAGAGAUUCAAAUGGUGGUGAGUUAUUGCAUGAUAUCAAGGCUUUAAGCAAAGCCCUUUACAUGGACCAAACCCCUUCAAAAGCUUUGAUUUCCUCAUCCCAAGCUCGAUCCCAAUCUGUAGGAAAAACCCGUUUAUCAGAAUCAAAGUCCAAGAUCUUUGAGGAAGACUUCCUGCAGAAGGAUAAGAAAUCAUCAACAUGGAACUGGAAAAAGAGCAUAAAAGCUUUGACUCAUAUCCGGGAUCGUAAAUUCAAUUGUUGUUUCUUUCUCCAUGUACAUUCAAUUGAAGGACUGCCCUCAAAUUUCAAUGAUUAUAGUUUAUGUGUUCAUUGGAAACGAAAGGAUGAGGUGUUGCACACUUGCCCAUCUCAUAUUUGUCAGGGAGUGGCUGAAUUUGAAGAGACUAUAAUGCAUCGAUGUUCUGUUUAUGGUCAUCGAAGUGGAACUCACAAUUCGGCGAAGUAUGAGGCUAGGCAUUUCUUGCUGUAUGCAUCUGUUGUUGGGAAACCAGGGCUUGAUAUGGGGAAGCACUGGGUUGAUCUUACAAAGUUGCUUCCGGUUACUCUGGAUGAGUUAGAGGAGGACAAAAGUUCAGGGAAGUGGUCAACAAGCUAUAAGCUCUCAGGCAUGGCUAAAGGGGCGACUUUAAAUGUUAGUUAUGGUUUUUUGAUAAUGAAGGAUAAUUCGAUUGAGAGUAAUAAUGUGAUCUUUCCUGAGCUUUUAAAUUUAAAUCAGAAUAGGACAAGCACAGGCAAUGACAUGCUUCAGCAGGUUGGGAGCAUCCCUAGCCAUGGGUCUCGUUGCCCUUCUCUAUCAUUGGAUGUCAAAAUCCUUAAUGAAGGUUUUCCAAAUCCUGGGCUUGAGCUUUCUCGCUCUAUAAGUUUUAUAUAUAAGAAACUUGAUGAAGGGAAGUUGGGUAAUUCAUUAGGGUCUGAUAUUUUCUCUGAAGAUGUGGAGUCUUUCAAACCAAAGCCCAAUUUGUUCUUUGAGUCUGCUGAAGAAAUUAUUGGAAGUGAUUGUGAUGAUGCAGAGUUUGAUGUCACUGAGAAGGGGAUAGAAUUUUCCACAAAGGAACUGUUGAAACUGGAAGAUGGUGCUGCUCAACCUUAUGGUGGCUCUAAAGUGGAAACUGUUCAUGUGGAUGAGAUUAUUAAGGAUGAGGAGACAGACUGUGAUUUGAAGAAUGAUUUCUAUGGUAAGUGUAAAGACGGGGAUGUAAUGGAUGAUGACAACUUCAAAGAGAAUAGUGCAUACACCAAAGAUUCAUCAAUGGAAGAACUUGAGUACUUUCUUGACAGCCUGUCAAUUUCAGAUUCAGCAGAGUUGCAUUCUCCGCUGGCCAUGAGUGACUUUCUUGAGCAAGAAAACUACUUGGAGGUUAAGUCGAAGUUUAAAGCAAGUAAGGCAGUAAAAAAAUCGCUUAGCUUGGAUGAUGCGACAGAAUCUGUGGCAAGUGAAUUCUUAAAAAUGCUGGGAAUAGAGGAUAGCUCAUUUGGUCUGAGUGCUGAUAGUGACCUUGAGUCUCCAAGAGAGUGUCUUUUGAGACAGUUUGAAAAGGAUAACCUAGCUUCUGGAAACUUCAUUUUUGACUCUGAAGAAACAGAAGUACAGACUCAGUUUGGCUGUGAUGCUCCAACUGGGUCUGACUCUGGGAAUUUUGGGACUCCAACUGGUUCUGAGUUUGGGAACUGUUGCAAAGAUUUACAUUUUAUUUCGGUUAUUCAAGCUGCUGAAGAGGAACACAAGACAAUGGGUCAGCCGCUGGUAAGUAGAAGGAAAGCAAAAAUGCUUGAAGACUUGGAGACUGUGGCUCUAAUGCAAGAAUGGGGCUUGAGUGAGAAGGUCUUUCAGAAUUCUCCUCGCUAUAGCUCUGGUGGAUUUGGAAGUCCAAUCUAUCUCCCCCCUGAAGAGCCUGUCAGAUUACCUCCGCUCGGCGAAGGCUUGGGGCCAUUCAUUCAGACGAAGGAUGGAGGCUUUCUGCGUUCUAUGCACCCCUCAGUUUUCCGAAAUGUGAAGAAUGGUGGGAGCUUGAUUAUGCAAGCUUCUGUUUUAGUUGUGUUACCUGCAGAAAUGGGUGCUGAUAUUAUGGAAAUAUUACAGCAUUUGGCAUCAAUUGGAAUUGAAAAAUUCUCAAUGCAGGCCAGUAAGUUAAUGCCUUUGGAGGAUAUCACUGGGAAGACAAUGCAUCAAAUAGCAUGUGAGGCUGCAUUUGCAUUGGAGGUGCCUGAGAGGCAUACUUCAUUUGUGCAUGAAUCAGAGGUUGGGCAAGAUACAUUUGGUUUGGGAAAUACUGCUGAAGAAUUUUCAUCUUGGCAGAAUAAUGAUAACCUGAACUCAAGUUCAGUAGGAGGUGAGAUGGUCUCAGACUAUGUAUCACUGGAAGAUCUUGCACCUUCGGCAAUGGAUAAGAUUGAAGUUCUCUCAAUUGAAGGAUUAAGAAUUCAUUCUGGGAUGUCAGAUGAGGAGGCACCUUCAUGCAUCAGUUCCAAGUAUGUUGAGGAAAUCUCUGACUUUGAUGGGAAGAAGACUGUCAACUUGAUUAGGACUCUUGAUUUUGAAGGAGCUGUAGGAUUGCAUCUAUUGAAUGCCAGUGAUAUUGGCAGUGAUGACAAUGGACUAAUGAGCCUGUCUCUAACAUUGGAUGAGUGGUUGAGGCUGGAUUCUGGAAUCAUCUGUGAUGAGGAUCAAAUUAGCGAGCAUACUUCAAAGAUCCUUGCAGCCCAUCAUGCUAAGUGCAUGGAUCUGGUAAAUGGAAGGUUGAAAAGAGACAGAAAAUGGGGCAAAGCCUCUGGUAGGAAGUGGGGUAUGUUGCAGAACAACUUUACAGUUGCUCUCAUGGUGCAGCUUAGAGAUCCCUUUAGAAACUAUGAACCAGUAGGUGCCCCAGUGCUUGCUCUAAUCCAAGUGGAGAGAGUAUUUUUCCCUCCAAAACCCAAAAUAUAUAACAUGGAGUCAGAACCCAGCAACAGUGGGGAAGUGGUGGAUCAGCACGAGUCAGUGGUAAAGGGGGAGGUGGAUGGUGAGAUAAAAGAGAAGGAAGAAGACGAAGAACUCAUUUCUCAGUUCAAAAUCACUCAGGUCCAUGUUGCAGGUGUAAAUACCGAGCCUGGUAGGAAAAAGCUUUGGUGUUCUGCAUCACAGCAUCAAUCUGGAUUCCGUUGGUUGCUUGCUAAUGGAAUAGAUAAGACUAAUAAGCAUGUGCUUUCAAAGUCAAAGGUUAUAGUAAAAGCUUCCUCCCAAGUGAGAGCACAGGUGUGGCCUGGUGAAAUCUUGUGGAGCAUCUCCUGUCGUUUUAAUGGCACAAGAGCUAAAUGGAAGGAGUUGGCAGCACUGAAUCUACAUAUACGAAACCCUGAUGUUAUCUUUCCCAGUGAAACUGUCAGAUUGUGAAUGUAGCAUGCUAUUUUUCGCCAAUCAAAUUGGAGUUAAUACUACAUUGUAAUGCUUAUUGUUUAGCUAAGAAAAAUGAAACGGUGAUUUGAGGGUAUGGGAUUCUACACAACAAAGUUAUAUUGAAUGUCUGACAUAGCAAGAUCAUAUAGCCUGCUUGGAGAUAGGUUUUGUUGAUGGAAUAAAAUCAGGUUGGUUCUUUGGACUAGAUGAUAGUAAUGAGAUCUGUCUAUGGAGCUUAUAUUUGUAUCUACAUUCAGAUGUAGUCAAUCACUAUGCAAUGAUUAAUUCGAAGAAUUCCAUCUGACAAAGAAUGCAGAGGCGGGGGUUGUUGGACAGUAGGAAAAUGAGUUUUGGUUUGUUCAACCACAAGCAUCAGUUAUUAGGCAGAGCUUCUUUGCAGAAUGGUCUUUCAUGUUGGCUGCUGCUGCUUCCAGGUUUGUCAACUUCAUUUCCGGGGUGAAUUGGAUUCUGGGCAAACUCGGAUGCCAGGAAUGCUGAAUGAUCUUCCUCCAUGAGAUCAUCAAACAACAAGUACUCAGAAAGCUCAAAAUUUGAAGUGUCACCAAGCUCAAAAUCACUCUCGGCCUCCGGUGAGUCCUGUGACCCAGCAGUUGUGUCAGCCAUUUCAGCCUUCAGAAGAUAAGUCUCUUACUGCUCUGAUUAUCCAAAUGUGUAUGGCAUACAUAUAUCAUCACCUCCAUAGCUCAUGCCUGGAGCUUUCCCGGAUGCCUCCCUGAAGCCAUGGAGGAAGCUUCAGAGGUGGUGCUAUAUAGUGGGGGGCUGAGAAUUGAUGGACAUCCAGGAAGAGACAACAUCAGCUGAUGAAGUUAUAGAGAAGGGAGGAAGGGGAGAGUGGGACAUGGCACAGACGACUUAAGCGUAGACUAGUGUCGAUUUUGCUUUGGUCUCGCGCUUGGACCAACCAACCCCUUGAAGACGGCAAAGAAUACAAGUCAAUAAAAUUAUAUCUCGGGGUUUGGUUGAUGGAAGAUUCUUAAGGUACGGAAAAUACUGAAUUUAAAAUUUGGAUCUUUAAAUGGGAUGACUGAAUUUAAAGCAUUGGAAUACAUAAAUAAUUGAAACUCGUGUACAAAAAAAUCAAUCUUAUUUCUAUUUAUUAAUGUGUUUGGGUUAUUUUCA